AUGUGGAACGCAUUUAGCGGGUUUCAGCCACCAAAAUUGAGGGAUGGUAACGGUGGCUGGGGAAGUGGUAGGCCUUACAGGCCAAUGAGGGUGGGAGGGCAGCCAUAUCAUAAGGAAAGGUUUGGGGCCCCCUCUUACCCUCAAACCCAAGGCGGUUACCAGCAUCAUGGGAAUUUGGACCCCAUGAACCGCUCUUACAGUCGUCAUACGCCGCAGGCAGCACACAGGAUCCGCCAGCCUAAUAUCGAUGAGCCUUUUGCAUGGAAAGCGUUUAUGCGAAGGAGCACUGAAGGUGCCAUUUAUCGUGGAACGACGCAGCUUGAGGGAAGCCAAAGGACAAAGGAAAGCGGUGAAACUACGAGUCCCAAUGGGUUGGCGCGGCACAUUGAUGGUGAAGCUUGGAAUGCUUAUUGGGGCGAGUACUCUGACCAUUUUGCGUCCCGAAUUGACGACGUUCAGGAGCAUUUAAGCAAGGGUGAAAGGUACAACGGCAAAAGGUGUGUACGAGUCGCCACACCCAUACCGAAGGAUUCACUUAUGGAGUCAUUCAAGAGUCGGAUGAUCGACUACGCACGACACUUUGGGGCAAUCGAAUGUGUUACUCGCGACGGCGGUGUCGUUGGGGUACAGUUCACCACCCAUCGCUCUGCAGAGCUCUUCGCUGUGUGGGCUGCCUCAAUGACUUUUGUGGAAAUUCUCGGUGAUACCGUGAAACCGGAUGAAGUCAACGGUCCCGUAGAGAUGGUGGUGCGGCUUGCACCACAUGAUCCGAAUAGACUUACGACGACACUUCGACUGGGCGAUAACAUCGUCCUUUCAACAGCGUUUGUCGAGGGGUUGUUUAAGGGUAUUUUCGAUGCCGAAGACAUUAAGUUUCAUGCUGGUGCCUUCCAAAUAACGUUUGGCUCUGUCCAGGCAGCCAAGGUGGCACUUCACUCGGUCCAGCGGCACCUUUUCGAUGGCUUUGGUCUGCUACUAACGUUUUCGGAGGUGCCCUUGGGCGCGGGGCCUCUAAUGCCACAUGCGAAGUAG